AUGACUUCACACAAAUCUUCCUAUCAAGUUGUUGCUGAAGCUGAAACAUUACUUAUUUAUGGAAUAUUUCUAUUUUUAACUGGUUUAGUACAAAUUGGAGUAGCUAUUGGUCAUCGAUUUAUUAUUGAAAAACAUAAUAACCAUAAUGAUAAUAUAAAUUUUGCUCAUUUUUUUCCGACAUCAUUUCCUAUGGCUGAGAUUCAUAUUUGGUACGUUUAUCCAUCCGCUUCAUUGACAAUGAUUCCAUGUCUUUGUUGUAUCAUUUUUGCUAUAUGCAAACGACGUACUAUGGCUACUUUAAUUUGUAUGUCUUCUUUUAUAAGUUUUAUUUCAUCGUCAGUUUAUAUUGGUCUUCUUAUUAUUCAUACACUUGAAUAUUGGCAAACAAUUGAAUCUCAUCGUUUGCAAUCUCUUCUAUCAACUACGAUAUCAACAUCUACGUCAACAAUACGCCUUUUUGUGUCAUUUGAUGAACCAGCAAGUUUUGCUAAUUUAGCACUACUUAUCACAUUUACAUUAGCACUUGUUCAAGCAUUGUUAUCAAUGAUUGGUGCAGUUAUAUCUUGUCUUUGGUCACCAUGUUGUAUUAAUUCAUCACGAAAUUAUACACCAAUAGCAACUAAUUCCCAUUAUGCUCAAACAACAUCACAUCGAUUCGAAAAUCCUCAAUUAUCAACACUACGAAGUGUAAAACGCCAGCAGCAUCAAGAAACUCAUCAAUUUCUCACAAGAAAUGAAUCUCAAGAUCCAGUGAUAAAUGGUUUUCUUCAUAAAAAUCUACCUACUCGUAAUAACUAUGAUAAUGUUUAA